AUGGUUUCUGCCAAAUUCCUCGCUCUUGCCUUGGGCGUUGCCCUUGGUGCUCAAGCCAGCGACAUCCCUUCUGUCAACGCAAAUGGCAUUGCCGGAAACAUUGCUAGCGCAGAUAUCAAUGCACUUUGGGAUACCACUUGGCCGAAAUUGCAGAAACUUCUUCCCGGCAUUGAGUGCUCAAUCGGUGGACACGCCGAAGGAAAGAUCGCAUCCGAUUCCUGCAAGGAGAUUGAGGCUAGCCUCGUCUCCAUGUUUCCCGGCAUUCAUUGCACUGGCAAUCUCGACGAAGUGGCACUGAAAGCAAGCAUCAAUGCCCCUGCCACUGUUCUGCGCCGCGAUUCUGCGCUCGAGCGCCGCAGUCGUGAGCUGGAUGCUGCUGCUCAGAGAGAAGAGCAGAAAGUCGAACAACAGAUUGAUCAGAAGAAACGGUCAAUGCUUGUCUCGUGUGCCGAUGCUCCUCACCCUGGCAACUGCUACACUUGUGUUGCAGCUGGUGCAGGUCAAGCCCUUACAAGUGGAGCAAAGUGUCUCCUCGCAUUCCACAUCGCAAUGGUUGCGCUUGAGCGCGGUCGGCCUCAGGAAGGCGCGUCGUCGGAGAUAUGGGGGCUGCGGUCGCUGGUUGCCCUCUUCGAGUAA